AUGGCACGGCUGCUGCCGCCGCCCGCAAUUAUCUCCCAGAGGAGAGUCGUAGUUACGGGGCUGGGAGCUGUGACCCCGCUGGCGAACGGGAUGCAGGCGAGUUGGGAGAGGCUUCUCGAGGGCAAGUGCGGCAUUCGGCGGUUGAAGCCUUCGUCGCAAGACUCCGACGGGCACAGGAGCAGGAAGCUAUCCGACAGGAUGACGACGUUCCCGACAUCCCUGGCUGGCGAGGUCGAUCGCGGACUCGAGAGAGCGGGGCAGUUUCCAGGCCCGGAUUCCGCCGCCACCGCCACCAGCCUCCGCGGCACGCCGGAGUUCAUUCAAUUCGCGAUGCAUGCGGCGAAGGAAGCGCUUGAUAUGUCGGGCUGGAGAGCUGAGACGGACAGGGAGAGAGACAGGGCAGGCGUAGCGAUCGGCUCAGGAAUAGGCUCUCUGGAGGAUGUGGCGGACUGCUACCGCACCCUGGAGGGCCGAGGCUAUCGCAGGCUGACCCCUCACUUCAUUCCUCGGAUCUUGAUCAACUUGGCGGCGGGGCACGUGGCCAUCGAGCACGGCUUGAAGGGACCCAACCACGCCGUCGCCACCGCCUGUGCAACAGGCGCCCACGCGAUCGGGGACGCGUUUCGCUUCAUCAAGCACGGCGAUGCGGACGUGAUGGUGUGCGGAGGUAGCGAAGGCUCCAUUCACGAGCCGGCCCUGGCCGGCUUCGCCAGGAUGAACGCCCUGUCCACAAGGUUCAACGAAGACCCAGAGAGAGCGUCACGGCCGUUCGACAAGGAUAGGGAUGGCUUCGUGUUAGCAGAGGGCGCAGCCGUCCUCGUCUUGGAAGAGAUGGAGCACGCGCGAGAUAGGGGAGCCAACAUUAUCGCUGAGGUUCGAGGUUAUGGUUUGGCCGGUGACGCUCACCACAUUGCCGCGCCGACAGAAGAUGGGGAUGGCCCGAGGCGGGCAAUGCUUUCCGCCGUAGAGGAAUCGGGGCUCUCGCCGGAAUCUGUCGGGUACGUUAACGCCCACGCGACUUCCACGCCGCUGGGAGACGCCGCUGAAGGGCGUGCGAUCGAACGAGUCUUCGGGAAGAGGCAGUCGUUGUUGGUUUCGUCAACUAAGGGGGCAACGGGUCAUCUCCUCGGUGCUGCUGGGUCCCUGGAGGCUGCAUUCUCGAUUCUCGCUCUAAGAGACGGUGUUGUGCCUCACACUCUUAACCUCGCGACGCCGGACCCGACGUUCGGAUUCACGAUGGUCAAGGGUGCACCGGUGAGGGUGGACGACUUGGACGCUGUGAUGAGUAACUCGUUCGGCUUUGGUGGCACUAACGUGUCCUUGCUGUUUUCGCGCGUGUAACGCGACCAAGCGAGACCUUUUCGCUGUUCGCGAUGAACCGAUG